AUGAAGGAUAACCGUGGGAUCUCGGUGCCAGUGGAGGCGUUCUGCGUGCGUUUCAACGGCACCAGUGAUAAGGAACGGUUUCUGCUUGGCUUCGGGGAGUUUGUGGACACGGUUUCGCCGAGGAGGGACCAGUUGGUUUCGCCUGGAUUGCCCAGUGCUGCGCCGACGAUCGAUGUCCAAAGCAGGCUGCAAUCGCAAGAGGACCAGAGCACAAAACGCAGCAAUUCCGAAGACGGAUCGGGUCUGACGUCAGCUGUACCUGAGCUUGCCAUUUGGUUUGAUGCUGUGACGCCAGAGUUCACAAUGCUUUGCUGCACGAUUGCCUUGAAGAUGCUUGCUGGUAGUUCUUUGGCACACAUAUGCAAGGUUGAGCAGAGUCUUCUGCGAUGCAUCCAGCCAGCAAUGCGAGAAGACUUUCAGUAUUGGGUUCGUUUAUGCGUCGACCAGUCAGAUAACAGUGUCAGUCAGAGAGGAGCUGCGCCACUGCAAGUGGGAUCAGUACGCUUCCGUUUCAGUGAGCAUCAUCAUCGUUUCCACUUCGCCAUCGAGAGCAACGUGACGCUAGUCAUGGCCCCGCAAGGUCGCGAGGAUUGGCCCGCCGGCACGGGCGAGACGUCGCGCGCGGUGAAGAUUGUUCUCGAGAGGCCCAAGUGGAUCCAGGGGGGGCACUGGACCCCCACGAACGCCGACGCGCCCCUGCCGAAUGACAUCUCUGUGCUGCCAGGCGCCCUCGAGUCGGACGGCUCCCUGGCGCCCUUUGGCCGGUCGGCGCGCUCGCUCGACGGCCGCCGCGGGCGGAGCGCCCGCAGCAGGCGAUCGGGGGCGAGCGCCGACAGCAGGCGCUCCGGGGGCAGCGGCGAGCAGCGCCUCGGCCCUGGGGGGCCAUGGAGCCACUGGCCAGGGCGGCCCCGGUCGCAGCGCCGGCGGCUCCGCGGGGAGCGGGCACGGUGGCCGGGCGGGCGCCCACGACGUCCUGGCCCUGUGAUCCGCGGUGCCGGCGCCGGGCGGCUCGGCAGGGCUCGGGCGGUGCAGCGCAGCGCGGAGCCCGGCUGCGCCAGCCCUCGGCACGGCGAGCAGGCGCCACUGCCCCCACGGAGCCCGGCUUCCGGCAGGGCGCGCGGGAAGAGGAGUGCGCAGUCGGCACCCUUUGCUGGGGAAGCGAGCGCCAGUGCCAGAUCUUCAGCCGCUUGGGUUCAAGGGCCAUUUCGUCUCGAGACGUCUCCAGGAGGGAAGGUUUGCGCGCUGGCUCACGAGUCAUCCGUCCGCGCGUUCAGUCGUGCAUGCCGCGGCCUGGGCAUCGUGACUCCUGCGCGCCCUGAGAUCCACGUGCACACUGCUUCACAGACAACGAGCGCAGCGCAACUCGGGGCAGAUGACAUGGUCGCUGGAGUUGUGAUUCACCCUGGCCCCCCACAAGACUGGUUCGAAGUCCGUUCAGUCUGGGUUGCAAGGUCAACAGUCUUUGCUGCACGUUGA